AUGCCUUCUGUCUUGCUUCUUCAAGCUGACAUCAUCUCCACUGUCGAGUUCAACCACACUGGGGAACUGCUGGCCACAGGUGACAAGGGUGGCCGUGUGGUUAUCUUCCAGCGGGAACCAGAGAGUAAGAACGCACCUCACAGCCAGGGUGAGUACGAUGUGUACAGCACCUUCCAGAGCCAUGAGCCGGAGUUUGACUACCUGAAGAGCCUGGAGAUAGAGGAGAAAAUCAACAAGAUCAAAUGGCUCCCACAGCAGAACGCCGCACACUCGCUGCUGUCCACCAAUGAUAAAACUAUUAAGUUAUGGAAGAUCACCGAACGAGACAAGAGGCCAGAGGGCUACAACCUGAAGGAUGAGGAGGGGAAGCUGAAAGACCUGUCCACAGUGACGUCACUGCAGGUGCCUGUGCUGAAGCCCAUGGACCUGAUGGUGGAGGUGAGCCCGAGGAGAAUCUUCGCCAAUGGCCACACCUACCACAUCAACUCCAUCUCAGUCAACAGUGACUGUGAGACAUACAUGUCGGCGGAUGACCUACGCAUCAACCUCUGGCAUCUGGCCAUCACUGAUCGGAGCUUCAAUAUCGUAGACAUCAAGCCAGCCAACAUGGAAGACCUCACAGAAGUGAUCACAGCAUCUGAGUUCCAUCCUCACCACUGCAACCUCUUUGUCUACAGCAGCAGCAAGGGGUCCCUGCGGCUCUGUGACAUGCGGGCAGCUGCCCUGUGCGACAAGCACUCUAAGCUCUUUGAAGAGCCCGAGGACCCCAGCAACCGCUCCUUCUUCUCAGAGAUCAUCUCCUCGGUGUCCGACGUGAAGUUCAGCCACAGUGGGCGCUACAUGCUCACGAGGGAUUACCUCACGGUCAAGGUCUGGGACCUGAACAUGGAGGCGAGGCCCAUAGAGACCUACCAGGUCCAUGACUACCUGCGGAGUAAGCUCUGUUCCCUGUAUGAGAGUGACUGCAUCUUUGACAAGUUUGAGUGUGCCUGGAACGGGAGCGACAGCGUCAUCAUGACAGGGGCCUACAACAACUUCUUCCGCAUGUUCGACCGCAACACCAAGCGGGAUGUGACGCUGGAGGCCUCUAGGGAGAGCAGCAAACCCAGGGCAGUGCUCAAGCCCCGGCGCGUGUGUGUGGGCGGCAAGCGGCGGCGUGAUGACAUCAGUGUGGACAGCUUGGACUUCACCAAGAAGAUUCUGCACACAGCCUGGCACCCAGCCGAGAAUAUCAUCGCCAUUGCGGCCACCAACAACCUGUACAUCUUCCAGGAUAAGGUCAAUUCUGACAUGCACUAGCUGGUCUCAGUGGCCCUCCCGGCCACCUCUGUAGGAGGAUGAGCGUGGUGGCCCUCAGGGGACAGGAGUCCCUAGGCUGGAGUUGCCUUGGAUGGUAAUUGCCAGUUUAAACAAAGGAAAGGGAAGAGCAUCAGUCACAGGUGAUAAAAUGGAUGUGCCUGGUGGGCCUCGGUCCAGGGUUCCUUUGUUUACGGUCCUUCUGCCUCAGGCUGGGCCUUUGUUUAUUAUCAGGACUUCAUUCCUGUCCAGGGUGAUUUUUACUGCAGUGGAUCAGUUGCUAUCAGGGAAAGUUAAGCUGGUCCCUGAUGGGGCUCCAGAGAAAGAGUGUAGCUCGCAGCCGGUCAAGAUCUGUGGCUCCCGCAGGGAGCCAGCCACGUGCUCCGGCUCAGAGCUGCUGGCUCCUGUUGGAUUUUGGACAGUGCAUUUUCAUUGAGUGAUGGCAAUGCCAAUUCCUCACUGGGGUGUUGGGGAGGUCUUUCCGUAUCCUAGGUGCCAGGCCAGGGCAGGUCCUGAGAGGCAGAGCUGAAGUCCUCGGGUUAAUCGUGAGGCAGGGCUAGGUUCCUUGGGUGGCUUUUCCAGGCUGGGGCAAGUCCUGAGAGGCAGGACUGGGGACCUGUGUGGCUGUAGGCCUCACCUCACUGCCGUCCGUUGUGAGUGCCCACUGCACGCUGGGCAUGGUGCUCAGUCCGUAGUGGCUGUGGAUGGAUCCCCACAGCCCACUCUGUGGUGGUUUUGCUGUCACUCUCCCACGCUAUCCGGUCAUCUUCCCACAGCUGACAGUGGGUCCUGUCCCUGACUGCAGAAUCCUCGAGCCCGUGAGGCAGGUGCCCACUCAUUUCCGUAAGUCCCAGGCUCUGCUGGAGCUGGGGUGUGGUUACCAUCCCCUUUGUACAUAGGAAGGAAACUAAAGUGGAGAAACGGGGUGCCUAAGGAGUCACAGCCCGAGGGCUGAGUUGGGGUUCCAUGCAGGUCUUUCCACCGGCUCUUUCCAACCCACCCCAUUGAUGACUGGUUUCUAAGCAGCAUCCCCAUGGAAGGUUCUGGAAGGGAAGUAUCUCCAUCUUGUGAUGUCAGAGCAGGUGCACUGGCGACAAGAUGACAUGAGAGAGAAGAUGGA